AUGAGUUCAAGAAAAGAUUCUAAGACAUCAGAGUUUGUAGAAAGAUCAGAAUCCCGGAAUCUCAGAAUCUCAGAAUCUCAGAAUCUCAGAAUCUCAGAAUCUCAGAAUCUCAGAAUCUCAGAAUCUCAGAAUCUCAGAAUCUCAGCAUCUCAAAAUCUCAGAAUCUUAGAAUCUCAGAAUCUCAGCACCUCAGAAUCUCAGAAUCUCAGAAUCUCAGAAUCUCAGAAUCUCAGAAUCUCAGAAUCUCAGAAUCUCAGAAUCUCAGAAUCUCAGAAUCCCGGAAUCUCAGAAUCUCAGAAUCUCAGAAUCUCAGAAUCCCGGAAUCUCAGAAUCUCAGAAUCUCAGAAUUUCAGAGUUUCAGAAUCUCAAAACUUCGGAACUUCUGAAUUUCUGAACUUCUGA